UGCUAGCAGCGUUAGCAUGGUUAGCUCGGUGCAGCAGACGGUUGUGUUGUGGUGUCGCAGGUAAAUGUUCUCUAGUUGGAGGAGAAACGAUGUCUUCGGUCCAGCGGCUGGUCAGCGGGCGGCUCCCUGCGGCUUUUGAAGACGUUUUCCCGGUGUUUGAGAAGACUGUGGUCCGGCAGGAGGAGGUGGACCGUCAGAGCAGACUGCUGGAUGUCAGCUGGCAGCCCGAAAUAAAGCUGCACAGAAUCGGUGAGGAACACUGGGAGGGUCUCAGUGGAGAACAGCAGUGGACUGAUGGAGGAGAACCACAGCAGGAAGGAUUCACUGGGGUCUAUGGGGAACAUUCAGACCUCCUGCAACAACAUGCCUGUAAGGAAGAGGAGGUUCUUGAUAACCUGCAGCUCAGUAACCAGGACAGAAACUUAACAGAACCUCGACAGAUGAAAGAGGAACCAGAGCCUCUGCAGAUAAAACAGGAACCCGAGGAACUCUGUACUAGUCUGGACAUGGAUGAACCAAAGCCUCAACAGAUUAAAAAGGAACAGAAGGCACUCUGGACGAGUCUGGACAAUGAGGAACCAUACCUUUUACAGAUUAAAGAGGAACAGGAGGAACUAGAGCCGCCAGGGAUUAAAGAGGAACAGGAGGAACUCUGGACGAGUUUGGACAAUAAGGAACCACACCUUUUACAGAUUAAAGAGGAACAGGAGGAACUCUGCACCAGUCUCAUGGUACCCAUAUCAGAGAGUCAGUGUGAUACUGACACAUUGGAAAACUCUGUAAAUUAUGAGACUAUUGGAAAAACCUUAAAUAAUAAGUCCCAAAUUCAGGAUCAUAGCAAAGGUCACACAGGUGGGACGCCAUUUUUUUGCAACAAGUGUGGGAAAACUUUUCCUUUUAAUGCUCCCUUCAAAGUCCACAUGAGAACUCACACGGGUGAAAAACCGUAUUGUUGCAAAACAUGCGAGAAAACUUUCACAAGAAGUGAUAAAUUGUUGCGCCACAUGAGGACCCACACAGGUGAGAAGCCGUACCUUUGUACCACCUGUGGGAAAAGGUUUACUGACCCUUCAACAUAUAAAAGGCACAUAGCAAUCCACACAGGUGAAAAACCUCACCUGUGCAACAUCUGUGGGAAUGGAUUUAUCGACAAAUCCAAUUUAAAAAGGCACAUUAGAACUCACACAGGUGAGAAACCAUAUACUUGCAAAACAUGUGGGAAAGAUUUUGGUUAUAGCACUACCUUGAAAAUCCACAUGAGAACUCACACAGGUGAGAAGCUGCAUUCUUGUGAAACUUGUGGUAAAACUUUUAGACAUAUUAACAAGCUGUUGUGCCACAUGAGCACUCACACAGGUGAGAAGCCUUACCUCUGUAACACCUGUGGGAAUAGCUUUAUCGACAAAUCAAAUUUAAGAAGGCACAUUAGAACCCACACAGGGGAGAAACCUUAUCCUUGCAAAGUGUGUGAAAAAGAGUUUGCUCAUAGCACUACCUUAAAAAUCCACAUGAGGAUUCAUACAGGUGAGAGGCCGUUUGUUUGCAUCACCUGUGGAAAUAGAUUUAUUAACAACUCUAAUUUGAAACUCCACAUGAAGACUCACAGGGACAAGACGUCAGAGUCCUGAAACAUCUGUGGGUAAAGAAUGAUCAGGGAGGCCAGACUUGAAGAAACAUGUAAGAAUUGCACAGUUAAAAAGUUGAACUUUCAGAUUUAAAGCACUUUUAGGCUGUGCCUCAAUGAUAUUGUGAGUUUUUUGCACGAUGACAAACAGAAGCACACUGCAUUUGUACUUUCAAUAUUAUAGAUGUUCAUUUCAAACAAAAUGUUUGGAAACUGUCAUGUCAAAAAUCUUUACUUGUGUGAAUGGUUGUAAACUUUCCCAGAAGCUGUAAAGUUGCAGUGGAUUAGUACGUGACACAAACUGUGACCUAGUUUGUAUUUCUUUACAUUUUUAAGAAAUCACAGACAUCUGAUUAGCUUUUACAUUUUUUUUACUGGAAAUCUGUCACUAAGAAAUCUUAGAAGCAGUAGGAUUUCGUGACAGGUUCAGAAGUGUUCCCAUGACUGUAUCAUCAGUGUAAUGUACAUUACAUGAUACGAUCUCCAAACUUUCUGUUUCUGUUGUACCUUGUGAAUGCAAACCUGAGCUUAACACUUGAGGUUAGUUCAUAUGUUUAUUUUCUAUUAAUAAUAUUUUUUCCAUAUGUUCACCCAGUCUUAUUGGCUUCGUCUUUAUCUGGCUAACUUGAACUCUGCACUGGAAUUUUUGCUCAUCAUGUGUCCGGACAUUUGGCCUCAUGAGAAACAUGUGACCUGGAACUUCUGUCUAAUCUCUUUAGAGUCAAUAAAUCAUGUCGAGUCCCUUUUCAAACAAAUGACUCAACUUGUUGGCCAAGUAAUCCUAUUACAGCUGAUACUUUUGUUUUGAGGCAGUAUAACUUGCUGCCAGUGCCUCUUUGAUUAUGGUUUUCAGCAACUUUUUUGUUGGCUUUGUCUUCAUGUGUUAAUAAACCGCUUAAAAGAAAA